AUGCAAUACUAAUUAAGUGAUAAUUUUAAAAAGGAUUAAGAAAUUCUAAUAAAACAAGCUCAUGUUAUUUGCGAUAAUAGAUUCUAAAAAGUGCCAAAUUAAAUAAAAAACUAAGGGCAACUCCUUUAAACUUAUGAUGUAAAAACAGAGGAAAUAGCAGAACCUUAGUAAAUAGAGCAAGAUUUUAUUUCAAAAAAUAAUAAGCAAUUAAUUGGAGAUAAUUAAAAAUAAUGUCUUGGCUAAAUGGCGAGCUAAAAUGCUGAUGAAUAUGUCAAAAGAGUAGCAAUUAAUGAAAAUGACACAGUUGUUUUCUCAUCAAAGAUUUUUUAUGAAAAAAAAGAUACUUCGCAAUUCAACAGGUUUGUGAAUGAUUCUGAAAUCUAAGUGAAUAACUACAUGAAAAAAAUAGAAGACAAUCUGAUUGAGAGAAAAUUAAUCAUCAAUACAUAGUACUAAAAUAUAAUGUUUCUUGACAUGUACCAAUUAAUUCCAAACAAUGAAAUGAAGAUGCUAUAGUUAAAAAUGGAAUUAAUGGAGCAGUAGCAUAAAAAAGAAUUGAAUAGUAUUUAAACAUAACAUCAAUAUGAAAUGAUAGAAUUGAAUAAUCAGCUUAAAAAUAAAUUGAAUCAAUAUGAAAUGCACAUAUAAUAAUAACAGUAAGUAAUUAAUAGUUUCGAAGCUCGCUAAAUCUAGUAAAACUAAGAAACUUACUCUAAAUUUAAUAAAAGAAUAGAAUUAAAAGAUUCAUAAAUUUAGUAAAUGCAGUCCUUGAUAGACCAGAAAUAAAAAUGCUAAGAAGAUUUAGAAAAAUAAUUAAAAUUACAGCAGUAAAUUAACGACUACUUAAGAUCUUAACUAGAGCAUUUUGUAAACUAUUAACAAAUAUAAAAGUACCAUUAAGAUUCUUUAAAUCCUACACAUAUCACAAAUAUAGAAGCAGCACAUAAAAAUAAUAUUAAGCUUGAAGAGACUUAAAACAUAUAAAAUUUGAAAAUUUAGAAUUAAUUUAAUUAGAAUAUGUAGACUUUUGAGCCUGAAUCUUAUACUUUCCAAAAUAAAAACACUUAUCCGUAACCUUAAAAUAAUGAUAUCUCACAAUCAAAUCAAAUUGAAAGAAGUAUUAUUACCCCACAAUAAAAAAAUUAAAUAUAAAAGGGAGAGUAAAUUAAUUAGCAAAAGACUUCUAAUUCUCAAAUUUGCAAUUUUUAAUUUACUUAAAAAUAAGAAAAUCAAAUGCCUGAAAAUACACCCUAAAUUUUUAGUUAAUCCCAAGCUAUCUCUAGAACUAAUAAUAUUCUUACAAAUAACAUUUAUUAAUCUUCAACCCCAAUUAAAAUCUCUUAAAGUGUUUUAUCCGCAUAAUCAAAAUUAAAUAAAGAAUAAAUACAAUAAAUUGAGCGUAGGCAAAGUGUAGAAACAUUAAGUUUAAGCAUUCACGAUGACGAUAUAAUUAUUAAAAAUGAAAGUUAAAUUUAAAAUCUAACUUCUUAUAAUGAUAGCUAAUUAUAGGUAAUGAAAGACCUUAGUGUUGUUAAUAAUGAAAACACUGAAAAACUAAAACAUUUAUCUGCAAGCAAUUCUGAAUAAGAAGAAGUAAAAUCUGUUAAACAAUCAGCCAAAAAUGUGCCAAAAAAUUUUAUAAAAGCUUUUAAAUCUUUUAUGAACUCAGCUGGAGAAAAACUUGUUAUUAAAAAUUUAAAAAAUUAUUAAAGUGAUGAUGAGUAUGAAAGACUAAAAAGAAAGCUAAAUGGUAUAAUAAAAUGUAACAAAAUUAAUAACGAAAUGAUUGUCUAUCUAAUAUAAGACGAAGAAUACAGAGAUGUAUUUGGCUUUUUCCUUCAAAACAGAGGAAUCAUCUGGAUAGAAGAAUCCUAAAUUAAAGAUAAAGAGAUACAUGCUAAGUACUUAGAGAGGUAUGUUAAAGCUUUCUCAGAUAGUAAAUACUUAGGGAAAAUAAAAAUAAACUAAAAAAAAAAUUAUAAACCAAUUCAAGUACCAGAUUAUUGUAAAUGA